UUUUGUUAGAGAUAACUCGAGCCCUCGCCUGCUUGUUAUCAGAAUCUCACAGGUUAAAGGGACUAAAGAUUUACCUCAAAGCUUACCGGAAUAGCAAGUCUGAAACUGUCACACUGGUGAAGAGCAGACAAGCGGGAUACUUACCCAAAAUAGUGAAGGCCUUUGCAGAACAAAUCAUGCUCAUACAUCCCACUCUGGUAGUUGACAGCAAGUGGAGAGUGGGAACAAAGGACAAUGACAAGCUUGAAGAAGAAACUUCUGCUACUGUUAUUGAGUUUUUGCUGUCUAUUUCACCUAGUAACAAAGAAGUACAGGAACUCAAUGCAGCAUAUUUGUUUUUGAUGGGCAGGUUUAUGGACAGUGCAGAGGCAUACUCUUCCCUCUUGCAGUAUGCUCAUGGCCAGAAAAUACCAGAGAGUGCUAUAGAAAAAUUGCUCCAAGAAACUCCUGAGAGGACAGCCAGACUCUUGACAAGCCGAGCAGCUGCUUGCUUUUCAGCAGGUGGAAAGAUUGCAGAGGAGUGCUCAGAUUUGGGGAAAGCAUUUGAGACUCACCCAGCCACUGCCCGAAUUUACUUCCAAAAGCUGUUCAAAGAUCAGGGAACUGGGGUGGCAGCUUGCAACCAUCUCCGUCAGCAGGCGGAGAGAGGCCUGUCUGAUUACAGAGAUCAGGUCCUUGUCCGGGCAGAUCUGCGAUCUACUGAAGGAGUUGAACUUCUGGACCCUGUUAUCACUCAGUUACGGACCCUGUGCCAUUUAGAACCUGGUGGGGGAGACAGAGAGUUGCGGGUCCGACUGGCUGAUUGUCUUCUCCUCAGAGGAGAGCACAAAGAGGCCCUCUCUAUCUGCAGCCAGCUAGCUGCCGCACAAGGUCAGCAGAGCUAUCAAAGCACGGUCCACGUCCUUCGCGGAUAUGCACGAUUGCUCUCUGAUGACCAGAAGGGUGCAUUAGAAGACUUUCAGGCUGUGAUUGAACACAAUGCCCCCCACCCAUCCAGCUGUGUGCGAGCACUUUGUGGCAGGGGCCUCCUGCGAAUGAUGGGUGGCUUAAACUACCUGACUGCUUUAGACUAUGUGACAGCCAGCAGGCUGCAUGCUCAGGAAACAGCAUUUGCUGUGCGCUGCUUGGUACCCUGGAACUACCGUGGGCUGCUGUUUACUGUUCUGCUGGAGCAGGGACGAUUCAUGCUUGAAGGGUCUAGAGAUCACAAACCCAAGUCCAGUUCUGGUGAAGACUCCCAACAGCACCAAAAGGAGGAACAUAUGCAGACCCUAUCAAAGAGGGACAACCACAGAUCAAGGACUCCUGCUGGUGUCCAUUCCCUUGCUCUGUUGCUGAUGGAGCUCCAGCCCAGUGCCGAUGGGCCUCAGAUCUUGGCAGCAGAUGCCUUGUACCAGCUUGGUCGGGUGGAGGAGGCUUACCGAUUGCUGCUGUCCAUCGGGCCCACCAAUCCUCGGGCACCUAUCUUGGCUCGCCUUGCUUUGCUGCAGCUGCACAGAGGCUUUCUUUAUGACACCAAUCAGCUGCUGAAAAAGCUCAUCUUGUGUGGUGAUACCAGCUGCUUGCGCCCCCUGUUGGCAGUGGCACAACAGAAAGACAGAGCACUGCUGCAGGGACACUCCCACUCAGCUGCAAAACGCAUUUUGGACCGAGCAAGCGAGGAAUGUGCUGUCAGAGAGGCUGUGGCAUAUCUCUCCAUUGCAAUUAUGGCCUCUGGUGGCGAGGCAGCUGAAUCACUACUAGAAAGAGCGAGGUGCUACGCUUUGCUGGGUCAGCGAAAAACAGCCAUAUUUGACUUCAGUGCCAUUCUGAAGGAGCAUCCGAAACACGUGCAUGCCCUCUGUGGAAGAGGUUUCACAUAUCUCAUGCUGAAUCAACAAAAGGAAUGUACUCAUGAUAUCCUGGCAGCACUUCAGAUAAAUGCUGACAUAGUGACCAAAGACAUUCUUUCACUCAAGGACAGGGCACAGAAGCUGGUCUGUGAUUGGCUGCAUCAGUUCUGUCGUACCAAUCUGUCAGAUAUUGUGGCCACUCAUGGUGUUCCCUGCCAUGAAGAGCAGCUUAGAGAGGCUUUCAUAAUUGGUGGAGCUUUGAUGAGGGCUGACUGUAGAAACCCCAGAUGGCAUCUGCUCUAUGUGGACAUCCUUUUGGCAAAAGGUGAGGUCAAAUCAGCAGGCGUGCAUCUGUGCCAGAUAUUUGGCCAGGAGCCAAGAGAUGCAGUGGCCCAGGCUCGGGUGGGUGUGGUGGAUGCCUGGCAGAAGAAGUACUGCAGCGCAGCUCGCAGGCUCAGCAAACUGGCUGAGAAGGAUUCAUCCUAUUUUGACUUCUUGCUGGCUCUCAUCCCAUUUAAUCAGCGGAAAUGCAUGGCACAGACACUGGGACAGGAAGCAGCUCAGGAGGCCAACAGUGUGUCAUCAUGUGGUCAGUGGAAGCAGGCGCUCACCCUCCUGACUGUGGCAGUACAAUCAGGGGGCAGUCAGAGAAUGGAGUAUCUUCACCAGCGGGCUGUGUGCCUGGCACAGCUGGGCUUACAUGAGCGGGCUAUAUCUGAUCUGGACAGAGUUAUACAGAAACACGAUGGACCUGACUACAGCUGUUCAGACCACCCUCAAGUCCGGGUGGAGGAUUUGUGCUUGCGAGGUCGCAGCCUGGUGCUCUGCUCCAAAGAAGGGCCAGCUCUGGAGGACUUCAUCCGGGCCCUGGAGCUCAACAGAGAACAGGCCAUCAAGUGUGUGGAGGCUGGGCUAGGAAAACUGCCUCUGGCUGAGUGCUUCCUGCGGGGGGCGCUGCAGCAUUAUGGGGAGCAACAUCUCAGUAAGGCUUGGACCUUGAUUGAAUGUGGCCUCCUUUUGGACAGUGAGAACACAGAGCUCCGCAGACUGAGGGCAAAAGUCAAACGAGAAGUGGCCAAUCCUUGCAACGUGAACUAGUGUUGACUGUGAACUGGACACAGAAUCUCCAGUGGAGCCGCAAAAGCUCCAAUCAGGUCAAUGUCCUACCUCAAAAUUAGAAACAAAGAAAAGAAAAACCUAAUCCCAAUCAUUUUGUUAUGCUCAGCUUCCUAAAUUUCAUGGGAUGUUUGGUGCUUCCAGAGCACCCAUUGCUA